UGCAUUUUGCUCAUCAUUCCAUUCGUCACAUAACGACGAGGCGUUGCGUGGUACCAUUUCUUCCUCUGCUCUGCUUUGCAUUUCGCUGAUCCUUUGAGUGAAAAAAGUUAAGAAAAAGCUGAGCGAUUCCGAUUAGAGUGUAAAAAAAAAAUAAAAAAAAUGGAGAGAAACAGAGAAGAGGAGAGGAAACAAAAUCUUGAAAAAGAAAAUAAAGAAGGAAAUGAAAAUGAAAAUGGAACAGUAAAAUCAUGUAAAGGAUUCCUGUUUUACUCUUCUGCUCUAAAAUCCCACAAUCGCGACCCUCUUUGCAUCGGCAUUCCUCGAUCUCUUCCUCAAGUAAAAAGCCAUAAUGUUGGACUAGCUGAGGUAAAAGCUAAUAGAAAUUCCGCUGUUGUUGAAGAUUUUUCAUUUGUUUGCGCUGGAUACUCUUUGUUUAUGAGCAAGAAUGAAGGUUCAAUUACUAAGGAUGGCACCAAACCUCAAUUACCUCAUUGUCGUGGCCUAGCGUAUCUGCAGCAUUUAGCGCCUCCUAAUCCCAAUCCCGCUUCAGCUCCUGCUCAUGUUCAUAGCAAAGGAGAUCAUGGUGUUCAUCAGCAUCAAACUCGCAAAUCCACUUAUGCAGUAGAAGAUGACUUUUUGAACAGGUUUACAAGGAAAGCGAACCUCAUUGCCUCGAGGGUAGCUAGGGACAUGUGUAGAGUGGGGAACAACAUUAAAAACAAUGUAGAGGAUAUUCUAUUCUCAAGCAGAAGGCCACCAAAGUAAUCUAUCUUCCCUGAAUUCCUGAGGAACAAAUAGCUAAACAGUAAUGGGCUUGGACUUCAUUCAGAAUCGACACUGUUCAGAAGUCACUAUUUCUAUUCUUUUGGCAAUAAAAAUAGUUGUCUCACUGUGAGAGAGAUAAGAGUUGUUUUUCAUGCAUAACUGUGAUCCAUAAAGAAUAGGGUAGUUUAUUUUGUUCAUGGUAGAACAAGCUUGUAGUUGUCUGAAUCGUUGUCAUUUUUUUAAAUCUUAGAACAUUCAACCCCUCACCCCAUUUCUGGUCUGAAAUUUCAUUCUUUGUCCCCAUGUUUUAGUCCAGAUGGGUAUAAAAUAAAGAAAGAACCGCAGAACUUAAAAGCACUGUUAUGUAGCAUUGGAGGCUUUCUGAUCUUAGAAUGGUCCUUCUUCUUGUUGAUUUUGUGUUAAAAAACAAGGCUCAGAUUUCUUC